GCUGCACCUGGGGGCAGGAGCGGGGGGCAGUGGGAUCCUCUCCUGCUGACCUGGGCCUCCCUCUGUCACCACAUUCGCCCCAGGACCCUCAUUUAGACAUCACUCUGAGGCCACCCUGGGCUGUGGGCCUGCAGCUGCCUCCCGCGGGUGCUCUGGCAGAACAGGAGAGUUCUUCCAGCCUCCUCAGAAAGGGGGAGACAGCAGAGCAUAGGGUCUGGCUUCAAGCCCCAGUGCUUGUAUUUAGUGUUUAUGUGACCUUGGGCAAGUUUCUGUACCCUUUGAAACCUCAAUUUCCUCAUCUGUAAAAUGGGGUUAAUACUAAUUCUUCCUCACAGGGUGGUGGUUGUGAUGGUUAAGUGAGACCAGGCAUGUCAAGGGCUUGGCACUAUGCCUGGCACCUGGUGAGGCUCAAAAUAGGGCUGCCUGUUAAUAUCCUGUGGGAUCCUUGCUUGGCCUCUGGAGUCCAGGGCCUGAGAGUCUCUGCAGUAACCAGCUGUUGCCUUCUCUCUGCUCAGGGUAUCAAAAAACCGUUCACUGAGGUCAUCCGUGCCAACAUUGGGGACGCCCAGGCCAUGGGUCAGCAGCCAAUCACCUUCCUCCGACAGGUGAUGGCACUCUGCACCUACCCAAACCUCCUGGACAGCCCCAGCUUUCCAGAAGAUGCUAAGAAGCGAGCCCGACGGAUCCUACAGGCCUGUGGUGGGAACAGCCUGGGGUCUUAUAGUGCCAGCCAGGGUGUUAACUGCAUCCGCGAAGAUGUGGCUGCCUACAUCACCCGGAGAGACGGCGGCGUGCCUGCAGACCCAGACAACAUUUACCUGACCACUGGAGCGAGCGACGGCAUUUCAACGAUCCUGAAGAUCCUGGUUUCCGGGGGCGGCAAGUCGCGGACGGGGGUGAUGAUCCCCAUCCCCCAGUACCCCCUCUACUCCGCAGUUAUCUCUGAGCUCGAUGCUGUCCAGGUGAACUAUUACCUGGACGAGGAGAACUGCUGGGCCCUGAAUGUGAAUGAGCUCCGGAGGGCCCUGCGGGAGGCCAAAGAGCACUGUGACCCCAAGGUGCUGUGUAUCAUCAACCCCGGGAACCCCACAGGCCAGGUGCAAAGCAGGAAGUGCAUAGAAGACGUGAUCCACUUCGCGUGGGAGGAGAAGCUCUUUCUCCUGGCCGAUGAGGUGUACCAGGACAACGUGUACUCUCCGGACUGCAGGUUCCACUCCUUUAAGAAGGUGCUUUCCGAGAUGGGGCCCGAGUAUUCCAGCAACGUGGAACUCGCCUCCUUCCACUCCACCUCCAAGGGCUACAUGGGCGAGUGUGGCUACAGGGGAGGCUACAUGGAGGUCAUCAACCUGCACCCUGAGAUCAAAGGUCAGCUGGUGAAGCUGCUCUCAGUACGUCUGUGCCCACCAGUGUCUGGGCAGGCCGCCAUGGACAUUGUGGUGAACCCCCCGGUGCCCGGAGAGGAGUCCUUCGAGCAGUUCAUGAGGGAGAAAGAAUCUGUCCUGAGUAAUCUGGCCAAAAAAGCUAAGCUGACAGAAGACCUGUUUAACCAAGUCCCAGGAAUUCACUGCAACCCCUUGCAGGGGGCCAUGUAUGCCUUUCCUCGGAUCUUCAUUCCCCCCAAAGCCGUGGAGGCAGCUCAGGCCCACAGCAUGGCCCCUGACAUGUUCUACUGCAUGAAGCUCCUGGAGGAGACGGGCAUCUGUGUCGUGCCUGGCAGCGGCUUUGGGCAGAGGGAAGGCACCUACCACUUCAGAAUGACCAUCCUCCCUCCGGUGGAGAAGCUGAAGACGGUCCUACAGAAGGUGAAGGACUUUCACAUCCAGUUCCUGCAGAAGUUCGCAUGAGGCCUCCUGGGGCCCCAGCGGGAGACGGGUCCCCACCUUCCUGAUGCCCCAGACUGCACCCGCCUCCCCCAGUGACUCUGCCUCAGGCCUCACAAGGGCCACUGGUCACGUUCAUUGUCAUCUGCCCCAGGAGACUUCUUUCUUUGUGCCUUGAUGUUGGGAGCACUUCUCUUCUGAGCCAAUGUGAACUGGGGAUAUCUCAAGCCCUGUGUGUUUUUUUUUGAUGCAACCAAAGUAGAGGGGACUGGGCCAGGCUGUGUGGCGGUGCUCUUGGGAUCUGCUGCUGCUGCUCUUGGAAGGUUCAUCUGGAGGUUAGAACGACACGGUUGUGUUGGGUGAGAUCCUGCACAUCUGGAGAAACAAGAUGUUGGGAAAUGCACGGCUUGCCCAUGGAGAGGACUGGAAGUCCCCAAUCACCACGUGAUCUGUGAAAUAAAACCCUUGGUGCAGAAACCUAGCCCUCCCAGCAGGAGAGCCCGGAGUCCACUGCAGGCUCAGAGGGGGCCCCCCCUCCUGGCCCGGAGGGCGACAGCUUGUCUCAUCCCGAUGGUCAGGGCAGGAGCACAUGGGUCACACAGGAUACCAAGCUGGUGGUGGGCACUGAGGGAUACGGCCAAUGUUUUCCUGUGUCCUGCAGGGGAUGAGUGGGUGUGAGCCAAGAUCCCAGUUGACCUAGGUAAUGAGGACUCUGUGCACACACGAGGGCUUCCGGGGUGACCGGUCCCCUCCCAUGGUUAGGCUGGGACAGAAGGUACAGCCCAGAGUGAUUCUGCCUGGUGGGGGGUGUAGCCAUCCUGCUUUUCCCCAACUGUGGUUCUCUCAAGGGCUCGAUUGAUUUUGUACACACACCGCCCUCUGCUGGUGACAGGGACAAUGAAACACUGAAAACGUUCUAAUGACUGAGGGGCCUCCUCAAGGACUUGACAGUCACCCCUGUCCCCAUAGUGUCUGUUGAGUCAUUUCAAACUGCAUUUGAUCCAUUUCCUACCCAUUAAUUGGCCAAAGUGCCUGGUAGCUCGGCUGCUGUGGAGAGUACAUGCUAUCGAUUUGGAGUGUCUAAAAGUGUUUCAACUUAAUGCAAAGUGUUUUGCCUCCACACUUGCUGCAGGCUCCCCUCCAGACUACAGACAGGUGUCCUGUAGCAUCAGUCACCUCUCCAGGCUUGGGGUGUCCUCCCCCUAGCGUGCAGCUUUCCUGGCUUAGCAAACCUGACUGGGCCCCACCUACACUCCCAGAAAGUGGGAGCUAUGGGCAGGAACAGCCUCCCCAGGGGGCAGUUAGGGAACCCUAGGCCAGCUCAGGAGUCUGGGGACCCAGCAAGUCCCAAAAUAAAAUGGAAGGAGCUGGAGAGAGAAAUACAAAGAGUGAGUUUUGAAAACAGCCUCCCUGGCUCCAAUUUCCGUGCAGGGGAUGCAAUAGCAAACUGCCAACUGUCCCUACCUGCCGGCGUCACAGUCCCUAUGAAGAAGGCAGCCACAGCCUUGAGUAACAAAGGGAAUAUUUGGGAACUUUUCUCUCCUUAAAAACAUGGAGAUGUUGCACUUGGGCUUGUUGAAUGGUACAUAAACCAGGGUGCAUCCCAGAGCUGUGAGAUAUCUGGUGGAAAGGUUAAAUAGUAUAGGCUAGUCUAUUUUUUAUAUUUUUGUAACAAUUUUUUCAUGGGUGGAGGGUGGGCUAGUAUUUGUAGUCUUAACAAGUCCAGUAGUUUUUUUAUAAAUCUCUUUGGAUUAUAAAUAACCCCUAAGAUCUUUGCAAUGUUUACAUGGUUUUUAAAAAGAUGCCAUAUACACUUGGUUUGCUUUUAAAACAAAUGAAUAGAAACAUAAUAAGGAAUGCUGGGGUUAGGCUAACUUUAGACAAGCACUGAUUGCCAUAGAUUUCCUUUUCUGCAUUCUAUUCUGGUGCCUUGUUUGGGCACCACUGGAGGAGGAAGCCAUUUGUCGUUUGGGGUCACACUGUAAAUCUACACCUGUGAGGUUUUCCAUCCAUUUAUAUCUGCACGUGGCGGAUGCUGGGCUCACCCUGGGUGGUCCGUCACCUCGCACCUGGAGGCUGGGCUGAGUGUCCCAAAGUGCUGAUUUGCAGGAAGAGCGGACAGGCCUGCCUGUCCCAUUUUCUAGUCGAUUCUCUUAGGAGUCUCCUGAGCAAGGUACUUAAUGACGACAGCUCUCCUGGAAAUUUCUAAAUAAAACACGUUGAAAUGGU